CAACAAAGUCUCGCGCUCGCGCAUUUCACGGCAACUCACUCAGCAGCAGCAGUCAACAAACAAAAAGCAACAGUCAACAGUCAACAAUCAAGAGACAAGAGACAAGUUCAGUUGAAACUUUAACAUACAUACUUGACGGCGACGACGGCUUUUAGCAUCGACUUUUUAUAUGAAUGCAAUAAAAUGAAAUCAUUAUUUUGCAAUUCAACGCAAAAGCUGAAAGUCAAACAAAGCAAACAAUUAAGGCGAAUUUAAUGUGUGGCAAAGCAGAAAAUCAGAGCAAAGCAUAAAUGUAGAUAAAAACACAAAGGAGAUAUGCUCAUAUGUACAACAUAUGUAUUGAUUUAAGAAAACAAAAACAAUUAAAAAGUUCUUAAUAACCAAAACAAAAGCGAAAAAAAAUCGAUUACCACCGUGAAAGUGAAAAGCACAUCGAAAAACGGCAAAACAUAUAGAAGCUUAAUCGAGCACGUUUAACAAUUUAAUUUUUUAUGCUCCAAUAGCCAAGUGUGCACGCGCUUGAAGUACUUACAUAAAUACAUAAGUACUUAUUUAUGCAUACAUAUAUACAUACAUACAUAGCCACAUUAAAAAUUUUCAACACGCGAUUUACGAACCAAAAGCGCAAGUACCUUUGAGCAUACUCGUAUAUACUCGUCCGUAUAUAUCGACUAUUUUGCACAUAAACGCCAUAUAGGUACGCUUAACUAUCAAAAUGUCCAGCAUACCAAAUAUCACAGAUGCACAGGAAACUGCCUUGAAGCAGUUUCGCAAAAGCGUUUCCGAUGUUCUCAACGAUACACAUGAUGAUUACUUUCUACUACGUUGGCUGCGUGCACGCAAAUGGAAUCCAGAGGCGGCCGAGCAUAUGUUACGAGCGAGUUUGAAGACACGAGCCACGUGGAAUGUGGACAACUUGGAGAAAUGGGAUGCGCCACGUGCUCUCAGGGAAUAUAUGCCGUACGGAUUGAUUGGUUACGAUAACGAGGGAUCGCCAAUUAUUGUUUGUCCAUUCUACAAAUUCGAUAUUUGGGGUAUGCUACACUGUGUCACACGUUUCGACUUCCAACGUUACUUGGUCUUACUAUUGGAACGUUUUAUGCAAGCUGGAUAUGAACAGAGCAAAACAUAUGGACCACAAGCUCGACAAUUGGUAGUCUUUUUCGAUAUGGCUGAUUCCAAUUUGAAGCAAUAUGCAUGGCGGCCAGCGGCCGAGUGUGUUCUAUCAACGGUCAAAGAGUACGAGAGCAAUUAUCCUGAGUUGCUAAAAAUGUGCUAUAUUGUCAAUGCACCCAAACUCUUCUCGGUUGCUUUCAACUUUGUGAAAAAGUUCCUGGACGAAUACACAAUGAGCAAAAUCAAAAUCUAUAAAAAUGGCUGCGAUAAAUGGAAGGAGCCCUUAUUCUCCCAUGUGAAUCCUGAUAUAUUUCCAAAAUGUUUUGGUGGAAAUUAUGUCGACGAGAAUGGAGAUCCAGAAUGCAAAUCGAAGAUCAUUUGGGCUGGUAAAAUUCCUCAAGAUAUGUUUGUAGAACACGGCAGUGGCAGUGAUGACAACGAUAAAGACUAUAACGAGACGACAAUAAGUAAGGGUAACAAGCUCAAGCUGGACUUUCAUGUGACCGAAACGAAACAAGAAAACCUAAUGCUAUCGUGGGACUUUCGCACAUUCGACUAUGACAUCAAAUUCGGUAUAUACAGCAUUGACAAGACGACCGGGGAAAAACGCAGCGAAGUGGCGCUUGGUACCGUCUAUUCCAAUGAAAUGGACGAGGUGGGCUUCAUCACCACAAGAGCCAAUACGACAUAUACGGUGGUUUUCGACAACUCACACAGCUAUUUGCGCAGCAAACGUUUACGUUAUUGUGUGAAUCUGAUCUCUGAAAUUGAUGAUAUUACAGAGCUCUCGGCGCAAGUACAACAUACUGAUAUAGUAGAAAAAAAUGGCGAUUAAGGCGUUUUACUUACUUAAAAGGGCAAGCAAUAUGAUCAAAGGAUCGAUGUGAAUGUGAUAAGCAGAAGUUGAAUGCUACCAAACCAAAUAUUCAAACGGAUUCCACGCACUGUUUAUCGAGUCAUUAUACACUACUGUAUGAAUUAUUGAAAGCCAAACAAGAAACUUAAAUAUAUGUACAUAGGUAACGAUAUGUACCUUAAUAUAGAAGAGCUCUAAUUCAUUUUCUCUUUUGAACGUCAGCUCUGCGCAAAAGUCGGUAGAUUACUCACUUACAAAACUUAAUCGAAUUUAAAAUCAAUUACUACAUCAAAAAAUUAGUUUCUAUGUUAAUUGAAAACCAGUUCAAUGAAGAAAAUUACAUCUGAACCACU